AUUACCACAAUGGUUCUUCAUCCUUCUUCCAUAUAGUUUUUUUCUGAAACAGUUAAAAUGUCUUCGAAGACUUUCCUUCUUCUUGCACUUGCUCUGGCCACUAUUCUUUUCCUUAGCUCCGAAAUGGUUGCAGCUAAGGACCUGGAGUCCAACAAUGACAGUGAGGUAGAAGAUGCAAAGUAUGGUGGUGAUGACAGUGGAUACUACAAUGGUGGACGUGGAGGAUACAACAACGGUGGUGGAGGUUACAACAACGGUGGUGGAAGAUACAACAACGGUGGUGGAAGAUACAAUAACGGUGGUGGACGACACAACGGUGGCAGCCGUGGAGGAGGAUAUUGCAGAUAUGGUUGCUGUGGUGGUGGACGUUACUACAAUGGAGGGUGCAGGUGUUGCGGCACUUACGCAGAGGCAACUGCAUACAAACAAGCUCAUGAGGCCCAAACUCACAACUGAGAUAAGCAUUGUACGCUCUAUUUCACUAUGUGUAGUAUAUACCGGCCUUAGUACUUAUGUUUAAUAACUGUGGUUGUAUGGUUUUCUGUUGAAGUAUGAAGUUAAUAGUUCUAUAAUGGAAAUAUUUAAACACCCAUGUAUGUUGGAGUGUACUCCUUUGUUUCUCAUAAAACAUAGCAAGACUAUGUUCUAUAUAUAAAUGUGAGUUUUAGGUUACUGUUAUUUGAAUA